AGGUCACUGUUAAUUUUGCGUUACCGUUUUUAAAAUAUAUGUCUCAGUCUGCGUAAUGUGUAAAAAAUGUGAUGUGAUAAUUAUGCCAAGUCUAUAAUAUCUAGUUCAUAAUGCUAGUUAUUUGAUUACUGAAACAUGGAGAUUGGGGUAUGAGGUUAUUAAACCCGUUAAAUAUAUUUUGCCUCGACACCAAGGUGUUGCAGCAUAACAUGUCAUAGAUCUAGACAGGAAUUACAAAUUAAGUGUUUAAAAAAGUGAAAAUCUGAGUAUUAUUUCUUUGGAAAACAGCUUUAUGAUACAUGAAAUCAAUGUGCAAUCUGGUAAUAGGUGAAACAUCUUAUAGUGAUUAUAGAUAUUUGUAGGCAAUAAAGGAUUGUAAGUUCGGAUAAAUCUACAAUAGUGGCUCAGGUACAAGAACAGGGGGUCGGAGCUGGGACGGACACUCCUCCAGGCAAAAAAAUGGGACGGAAAAAGAUACAGAUCUCUCGUAUUGUUGACGAGAGAAACAGACAGGUAACAUUCACAAAGAGAAAAUUUGGGCUCAUGAAGAAAGCAUAUGAACUGAGCGUAUUAUGCGACUGUGAGAUAGCUCUCAUCAUUUUCAACAGUGCUAACAAAUUGUUCCAGUACGCAAGCACGGACAUGGACAAAGUUCUACUCAAAUAUACAGAAUAUAAUGAACCUCACGAGAGCAGGACAAACAAAGAUAUAAUUGACGCCCUUAAUAAGAAGGAACACAAAGGUUGUGAUAGUCCAGACCCUGAAUGUGACCCCUACAUGACCCCAAUGACCUUUGAAGAAAAAUAUAACAGAAUGAAUGAGGAUUACCAACGUGUAUUGCAGCAACAGAACCAAAUGAGGUCUCCCAUGUCACCUUACCCCCCAGGUGGGGGUAUGUCACCCGGAGGGAUGCCGAUGCAUAAUUCUCCGUACAUGAAUCCUACACUCCAAGCCCCUAUGGGUCAACACAGUCCUGCGAUUAGUAGCCCUGGAUUGUUACAACCCCCUGUGGGUACACCGAAUCUCAGCCCAAGACCCAACUCUACUGGAAACAUGGUAGAUAUGAGUCACUCUCCAACGCCAAAUGGUUAUCACAGAGCUUCACCCUGUUCAUCACCCGGUGUUAUGGCAACCAAAGGAAUGACGAGACAGUCGCCCCCUAUACAUGGGCGUCCCCCGUCUAGUCACCCAGGACCGCCUCGUCUAAUGGUACCAGAUGGAAGAAGCAACAUGAUAAACUCAGAGAUGCAGCACUCGCCCGGUGUUCCGGCUGUGUCGAUCUCAACUCCUAGUAUUUCACAAGGGACCGGAUAUCACUCACCAGUACCGUCAUAUCACAAUAAUGAUUAUAGUAUGAAUUCAGGGGAAAGUAUGGGGGCUGGGGGCCCAGGGGGCUCAAUCCAGCAGAAUUAUAGUCCCCAACCUAGCCCCCAUCAUUGGAGUCAAGGGUCACUGACAAGUGGAAUCCCCCCAGGUGGGGGAAUGCAGCAGAUGCAAGGGUCGGGCCAGGGCAUGGUGAACACAGGUGCUAAUCAUGUUUCACCAUUACUUAUAAACACAAUGAAUCAUAGACUUAAUAUAAAGAGCGAGCCUAUAUCACCGACACGCGACUCUCACACGCCAUCUAAUCACCUGAGUUUACGGCCACCAUCUCAGAAUCAAGGUCAUUUAUCACCAGGUCAUGUUUCUCCGCAUCUUUCCCAGUCUCCGACAAAUUGUCCAUCACCGUCUGCCGUUGCUAUGCAGCAGACACAGCAACAGCAGCAUGUGGCCGCACAGCAGCAUCAAGUACAGCAACAACAACAACAACACUGUGGUGGCGGAAUGUCGGACUAUGAUGGUCCGAUGAUGAAACGACAGCGAGUAGAAGGAUGGACAACCUAGCAGACGAAAUAUUAUUCCUUAGGUUGUAAAAAUUAAUGGAAUUUUUUUUUUAAUUACUCGUUUCCAAAGGUUACUGGUAAUAUGGAGUAGUGACUUUUUGGUAGUGAUACGGUAGUGCUAAGAUGAUGACACGGAAGGUGAUAAAACGUGAUUUAGACUUUUGUUACGGAUAAAGUGAAUUUGAGAUGCAUUGGAUCUCUUGUACAGACAAAUUGUUGCUGUUUGUAGAAUUAGGGCGUAGUCUGGAGAGGCUUGAUGCAGAUGUACUAAAUUGUUGAAACAAUUGUUUUGCUACAUUUGCAAUGAAAAAAGAUUCAUUAUUGUGUUAUUAUGUUGUUUGUGUAAAUUAUGACUGCUUUUUGAUGAUACACAGAAUAUCACCUUGUUUGUAUUAAGCUUACCUCAUUAGUUACUUCCCUUUAAUAGAGUUGCCAUUUAACAAAUAAAUUUGAUCUGUAUGAUUAAGGAGCUUGAUUUACAUUGAAGUAUAGCAGGCAUGAAUCUGAUCUUAAUGAUACAGAUGCUUUAUAAAUUUUGAUAUUUAGCAGACAUAAAUUUGAUCAUUAUGAUUGAGGAGCUUGAUUUAGUUACAUUGAUAUUUAGCGGACAUAAAUUUGAUCAUUAUGAUUGAGGAGCUUGAUUUAUUUACAUUGAUAUUUAGCGGAAAUAAAUUUGAUCCUUAUGAUAUAUUUUGAAAUUUAGCAUAAUUAUUUAAUUUGAUUUUAAUGAUAUAUCAGCUUUAUUUACAUUAGAAUUGAGCAUAUUUAUAAUUGAUCUUUAUGGUUUAGAUGCUUUAUUUAAUUGAAGUUAACUCUAGCAUGGGAACAGAUAUAGAUGUGUCAAAAUGAUACACAUGUAUGUCAAAAUAUUUGCUUUCUCUAUUAUUUGAGAAAAUACAUUUUCUUUUUUUUAGAAAAGGGUAUAAAAUCACAAUUAUUUUGAAAAAAAUCUUAUGUUUCUAUUAUCACAUAUAAGAUUAUGAAGUGAAUAUGAAAAUGAAAUAGUCACAUGAAUUAUGAAGUGAAAAAUUGAAAUAAUCACAUUAAUUAUGAAGUGAAUAUGAAAAGUUAUGAAGUGAACAUGUAAUAAUAACAUAUUUAUCAUGAAAAUGAAAUAAUCAUAUUCAUUAUGAAAUAAACAUGAGAAUGAAGUAAUCACAUAUGAAUUAUGGAACUGUAAUUGUCACAUAUAAAUUAUAAAGUGAACAUGAAAAUGAAAUUAUCAGUUAGAUAUUAUUAUAUGGUCAUGGAACCAAAUUCUAAGUCACGAUAAAUAAGUUAAUUUCACCAAUAUUGCUUCAAACGAUAAUAUGUAAGACAUGAACUUCUUCUUUCACAUGUAUAUUAAUUCUUGUAACUUAACACAAUUCCAUUGUCAUUUUUUUCUGAUAUUACUUUUAUUUCUGAUAAAAAGUUAGUUGGGAAAAAAAUGCUUCUGAAUUUUCAGAAUAAACCAAAAAGAAAGAAAUUCUUGUACAGAUAUCACUAAUGCCAUGGAUGCAAGAAUGAAAAUGUUUGUAAAACGUUAUUUAAGAUAUUUUAUCAAUAUAAUGUAAAAAUGUACAGCACAUUACGUUUGAAUAUUGUUAAAUCGUACCCUCAUGAAAAUUCACGAUGUUUUAUUUUACAUAACAUUCCUGUUAAGUGUCAAAAUAUGUUACCUACAUUGUGUUAUUGGGUAAGAUGGAUUGGCAUUGGGCAAGGUUUAAUGAUGGAGUGAUAAUUUAUCAUUUUGUUGUUAUUAUACACGUGCCUUGUACUGCACCUAGUGCACUCAGUAUUAACGUGAUGCCUGUCCCCGAUGGUUGCCCAUGGUUACAUGACGUCUGCUUUUCCUUGUCGAGAAACAAUGAUUGUUUAUAAGAUGUUGUUAUUUUUUUAUUUGAUGAAAUGUAUCAAACGUUUUUAAACAGCAUUCUGUAGUACACAGUUGUUAACAAGGUUCUCAUUAUCACUUGUGGAGAAAAACAUUUUCAUAUUGUUGCGUACAAAAUAUUAUUAUAAAAUAUUACAAAGAAUGAAAAUGAUUUCUUUUCACAAAUUUACAUAAAUAUAGCACAAUGUAAACACUUUUGAAAUGAUCGUAAUAAAGAAUUUUGGAAAGAUAUUUUUAGCAUAUUUGCUUAGGUAAGUUUGGAAAAUACAUUCUGCAGAUUGUUUGUUCAACUAAUUCUCCAUUUUGACAUUGUUACUUGUUUGUUUAAGGACCCCUAUAAGAUGAACCUUGUUUAUAUUUUCUUUGUUGAAAUGUGAAGAGAUUAGGCUUUGCCACUAGUAUAGAGCCAGGCCAGCCUGGAUAUCCAUGCUGUGUGACCAGGCUAUAUACUGUUGGCUGAAUUAUUCUGAAUUUUCUUCUGGAUAUCAUCAAAAGUGAUAAUUGACCUUUUCCAUUAAAGAAAUUAAGAGAUAAAAUGUUAACAUUUAGAUGGGAAAUGAAAACAGGGUUCUGCUGUCUAAAAUCACUUAUUAUCAGGAGCAAUAUUUCUGGCAGGAAAAGUUGAUUUCUGUUUCCAUGGAAACCUCAUAUCAACCCCUAUGUGCACUUACUGUUUGUUAUUGUUAAAUUGUUAAUGUCUUGUUAGAUCAUUUAACUCUAUAUACAUACUUUGUUACAUGUUCAUAUAUAUCUCAUACAUUUUUAACGACUCAAAAGGUAAAAUUUGACCCUCUAGAUGUCGAGUGUAAAUUAACGGUUUCCGGGUUGAAUUAAUCACCCAAUGGGAGACAUAAAAUGACCUUUACAGAGUUUUAAAAUAGAUUUUUUCACCCAGUCUAGUAAAGCAACUCUUUCAUUGGUCGAUUUUUAAAUUUAAUUUUUAAAUGAACCAAUGACAUAUCAUUGCUAUGGACUGGUUUACAUGAAGUACAUAGUUUGGUUGUUUUGGGGUUUUUUUUCAAAUUCAUUUCUCUUACUGUGUUCUAGCUUUUUUUUCUUCUUAAAUCUUCUAAAAAACAAAAGUUUAUUUUAAUUAACAAAUGUUUAAUUAUGGCAUAUGUUUUAUCACAUACUUCUUAAAUUGGUAUAUUUGGAUAGUUUAAUUUUUAUUUUACUAGUAGCGCUUGGUAAUAAUUGUAAAAUUUUUAUUAUUAACUGCUUUAUAAUUUUAGACUUUAGUCUUUAAAUGCAGAUUUUAUUCCUCUUGCUGAUUUUACAUACUUUUUUGAUUUUAUCAUAGAAGUAAUAUAAGACUUUUUUAUAUAUGUCUAUAAGUGGCCUCUAGAAAGCGGGCCAGGUGGUCUAAUGACUCUUUAAAAUGUCCACUGUGGGUUAGAAUCCUGCAAGGGGCUUUCAUUGAUUUCUUUCCCGUGAGGAAGCUUUCCAGCUAGUUUCAUUACAUUAUUAAAUAUUAAUUAUGAAAUAUUACAUUGUACGACUAAAUUCAGGUAUUUGGAACGUGUAUAUCAGGUGGUUUAUGCUAAUUUAAAAUCUGCUCAUUUGGCAUGCAACUCUCUAUGUCUUGAUAUUUCACCUGGAAAAAAUGUCACUUCGCUGGUGUUUUAAGAACUAUUAACAUGAAAUUGUGUCCAGAUAAUAAAGACUAUGGUGAACAGCAAUAGUUUCAUGUAAUAACAAUGAGGAAAACAAUUCAUGGAGUCUGUUUAAUGGACAACAGCAAUAACUAUAGCUUGUUAGGGUAAGACAUAUAGAGACUAUAGUUAUUCUGUGUAAAAAUAACAUUGUUUUUAUGGAAAUUUAACCCUGAGUGAUUACAGUAUUUGUUUAAUGGAAUUUUACGGCUGAUAUUUUCAGCCAGGUUAGAAUAAACAUCUGUUAAGUCAAACCAGACACUGUACUUUUUUGCUGCAUAACUUCAGUAUUUUUAUUUUCAAAAACUCUCUAAACUUCUGGACAGUCUGAAUUUGAAAAAGAACAAAAACAAAUAUAUACACGCCAAUAAACUUAUAGCUUCCUACACAAUCAAAAUUAAAUAAAUUGGUAAAAAACUAAACUAAGGUAAUUUAAGACAAUUUUAUAAGGUUUAUAUAAAAAUAACAAUACAUGUAUUUUAUACAUUUUCAUAUUUCUGACAUUUACAUGUACUUUUGUCAAGUUCAGUCUGCUUUGGUCAUUUCAUAAAACAUUUUCAAACUUCUGUUCAUAUAUAGCACUUCUCCUAACAACAUCACAGUCUCCUAGUUGUUCACCAAAUCAGCCACAUUGUGACCUUAACCUUUGCUUUUAUUUUUGGAUUUAUUAUUUGAAAUACAUGUUGAUCUAUAUAUAGAAGUGAAUGGUAUUGGAUAAAAAAUAGAUAUCUGUAGUCACAGUUAAAUUUUAUAUAUUUGCACAUUUUAUAAUGUUAUAUCAGAUAUUUUCAAGUGUCCAUAAAAGUUUCGGGAAAGUUGCGGAUUACAAGGAUUUUAAUGAAAAUGUUUCUAACAUUUACUCUGUCAUUUCUAGCUAGCAUGACUUGUUGGUACUACCAGUAUAUAAUCCGGUCUCCUACAUAUCUAUCCGGUUAUACCGGACUACAUUCUGUCAUCUGCUUAAUUUCAUCUUUUUGACGAUGUUGAAAGCUCCGAAAACGACUGAAGACAGGCCCAAAUUCAAAUUCAGGUCAACUCCAUUAUACAAAUUUAGCGCCGUGGGAGUUAACGUGAAAACGUUUAUCUCAAAACUGGAUGUGAUCACAUUAUUAGCAUGUUAUUUCUAGUGAUUUUAGAUAUAUUGUUGUUAAAUAUAAUUACAUAAUUAUUACAAUUUUCAUUUGCAGAGGAAAUAAGAAAGAAAUAGCUAGCUUGAGAGAUUUUAGGAAAUCUCGAUUCUUGGAAUUCCCGAUUCUAUUUUUGGCACAUGUAUUGCUUACAGUCACAUUAAGAUCUCACCAUGUAUAUAGUUUGGCUAUUAUUUUAGUGUAGUAAGAAUUGUACAUAACAAGAAUGUAUAGGAUAAGUCAUGUGUUAAUAUGAAAAAGAGAAAGUAUUAUUUUGUACAGUACCGUAUUUUACUUCAUUGGUGCACCAUAACUGUGUCCUUUUUGUAAUGCUGAAAGGGUACCUUUUGUACCAGAUUAGUUUAAUAAUCUAAAAAUGUUUAUGCCAGAAAACUCUUGUAAAUUAAAUAUUUUUUCACUCUGUUUCAUAAAUGUGCUUGUAAAAAUGAAAUUAGACGUGCCCCUACAUAUUUUGUGUUUAUAAGGGGAUAUAUACGGUACUUCAUUAAUUGUGUCAUUAAACAUUUACACUUGACAAUUAUAAAGUGGAAAUUUAAUAUCAGAAUAGCGAUUUGCUCUCAUAUUUAUAAUUGAAUAUUUCACAACCUGCCACAAAUCACCUUGUAUUUUGAACAUUUUUGUUAUCAUAUUACUGGUUGUUUUGUUUCAUUUGAGGUCAUUUCAUUACUUUGGUGCAAUUCAUUAUUCAAUUCCUUUUAAUGAGCUGCUGUUGACGAAAGAUUUUCCAAGAGUUAUUUUUCUAGCAAAUGUUGGACAUCUGCUAUUGGUUAAAAAUGCUGAUCUAAAUCUAAAUUUGGCGUUUGAUUAUGAAUUCAAAAAUAAAAAAAAGUUAUUGUUUUUUGAGAGAUACACAAAAGGAAAUGAAUGGGGGCUUAAAAAGGGCAUGAAGUUUUCUAGCAUGGUAAUUUGGAGGUAUUAUAUUUAAAAUGCAUAUUACUAAAGCAUGGUGCGAUAUUGUGGAUAAGUACUAAAGUAGUAUAGACAUAUUAUUUUGCUAUUAUGUUCUAUUUAUAGAUUAAGAACAAUUUGUUUUUGCGUUAUAACCAUAGAAACAUGUUCAUUGCCUGUACCUGGUGAGUAAUGAUGAACUUUGAAGACUGAAUGAAAUUCAAAACUAUAGCACAGUCAGAAAUAAUUGAAAACCCGUCUAUAGAGAAUUUAGAAUGGUCUUCUGAUAGAAUGUCAAUUAGUAUAACAACUUUAUUUCUAGAAUGACUAGACUUAAUAAUAGUAAAUUAAUCCUACUUUAAAACAAAAACUGUUUACCCUAUAAACCAUGCUGACUGUUAUUCCGUUCAGGCAGGUAUAUAGUUUUUGUACAAGUAGUAACGUAAUUGUCACAGUUUUGUCGCAUUGGUCUCUCUCUACACAUGUUACAGACACAACAACAACAACAAAUUCUGGGGGAAAUAUCAGUAAACUUGUCUGUCGUGAAAUGAGAGCAGAAAAGAUUCUGUAGAAUUAAUUACACACAGAAUUUCUGAAACGUGAUUUUAUGAUAAUAAGAUGUCCACAUUUUUUCCCACUGAAAAGAAAUAUUUAUUUUUUUUAGUUAUUUACUAUCUGAUAUAAUUGGAAAGGUUUUUAAAGCAAGCAUGUCAUAGGGACUUACAAUUACAUUGUGAGAAGUUCAGGAUUUAUGUCUUCAUAUUUAUAUUUAACAUUGUUUUAUAAAAAAAAAGAAGAAAAAAGACAACAACAAUGUUACAGAGAUGAAUUUCAGGUGUUUUUUUGGGAGGUUUGUUGUUGUUUUUUCAGUGAAAGCCCCAAAGUUUGUAGCCAUUUGAUUUCAUUUAUGAGAGUUAUCAUUUAAUAUCUUUAGGGUUAAAAAAUUUAUAAAACUUUUGUUACAUUUUUUUUUCUUUUGCGUGAACAAUAUUCUGUUACUUAUUGGGUGGUAUAAGACCUGUAUAUAAGUUUAAUUAUUAAUAUUUUUUUUUUACUAUUUUUUUUGUGUACAGUUUUAAUCUAGAAUUAACAUAAAUUAAACUCAUGUUUUUAUCCCAUAAAGAUAUGGAUCAUUUUGUUAAAUCAAAUCUGUUAGGUGAUUUAAUGUUUUGUAUAUACAACUGUGUUGUUGUUGAUUACUGUUGUGUUUGUUGUUGUAUUUUAAGUUAGUUUCAUUGACUAAAGUGUUGUUGUUUUUUUUGAAUAAAAAAAAACUCCACCUGUCACUUUUGUUCAGAUGGAGAAUGGCAAAAUCAAACAUUCAGCUUUACAAAGAGGUAGGUGAUUCAUAUGGUAUGGUAUUUGUAUGGUUAGUGUAAAGGAAAACUGUAAUGCCCAUGUGUAUUUUUUUAACAUUGAUGCAUGUCCGAAAAACAUAUAGACUAUAGUGUUCUAGCUCCAUAGAAAAAAAAAAUCAAAAAUUGUUUCAAACCAUUAAAUCUCAUUCCAGUAAGAUUGAAAAUAUUAAGGCCACGCCACAAUAGUAAAAACAUCAAUGGGUUACAUACAGAAUAAGAUUUAAAAAUAUGGUUCUUUUUUGUUUUUUAAAUAAAACUUUGAAAGUGCUAAGUUAAUGCUAUGACUUGUAAAUAAUACACGAGUGUGUGUACUUGAUUAAUAAAAAUCAUAGCAGUGCUUGAUUUAUUGAAGAUGAAAACACAGCAGAUAUAUUUAAUCAAUCAGUCACAUGUAUUCAAUAUUCAAAAGUUGAAUUAAAAUUGUUUGAUGAAUACUGCCUUUAAGUUAUUGAAUUAAUAAAGUUUGUUUUAUUUUCUUUAUUAAAAUGAGAAAAAAAAUAUACAGAAAUGAACAGUUUAAAAAAGUUGUUUUCGAAUAUGCCAACAAUUAAUGAACAUUAUGGUACGAAACUUUAUUUUUCAUUGAUUUAUAUUUUUUCUUUCUGAUUUUCUUUGCCAAAAUAAGCUUACACUGCUUCCUGUACAAGAUGCAUUAUAUUUUUUAGGUAUGAUAGAUUUUUUUAGCAAUCACUUCAUGCGCUUAUCAAUUUUUUUUCAAUUUUUUUUUUCGAAUUCAUUUAUUCCUAGAUCAUUUAUCAGGAUAUCUUAAUAUGUAUAUAGUUAAGGUACAUUUAUGAUAUAUAUAUAUCAGUCAUUUUACUUUAAUGUCACAAUUUACAUGUUUUUAAUCACACAAGACAUGAGGCAGUAUGUGUAAUGCUCUCAUUUUAUAUGUUAAGGGAAUAUGUGACUAUUUUUUCAAUCAAGUGUGCUUAUUUUUCAACAUGUUGGAGCUGUAGUGCUGUAUCUAUAUAUAUUUAGCAGAUAAUUCAUUAUUGCUCCAAUCUCUAUAUUUAUCUCAUCCUAAAAAAACUUGUUUUAAUUGUGUAUUAUGAAUUGGUAAAUAAAGUCUGUGGUAACUUUCAA